UCCUCGAGGUGCCAAUGGUGGACGGAAAUCUCUUCAUUCCGCUCUCCCCUCCUAGCUCACCGCGUAUGUCUGCAUACAGCACAGCCUCUGCGGAUAACGAGUGGCAAACAUCAGACCUAAAAUCCUUGGACAACUCUUUGGCACAUUCCGAAAACGACAUGGCAUUACUUCAAGCUGAAGUCAAUGGCCAUGGCUUCGACCUGAAGCGUCCAAUGCUGCGAGCACACAAGAGCUUCCCUUUUGCCCUGGACGGCAAGCACCACGGCAAUGGAGCCGACUCCCCUCCAAGGGAACGUAUUACCAUUAGCAACAUCGACGAGAUCGACAGUCAUGAUAUGCCAACUGUAACCUUUGGUGGAUCGGCACCGGCAAGCCCAGUGUCUAGACUGACGCCACCUUCACCUCACGAUGUUCUCAACGGGGAGGACGUAAAAGUCCAAGCCGAUGAAAUCAUCACCGAGGAGAAGGACGACCUUAUUGACGAUGAUGAUGAGCCUACCAAUGAGGAUGAGAAGCGACCAAUGACUGCCGCGGAAAUCCGAGCGCAGAAGCGAAAGAUGAAGAGAUUCAGACUGACGCACAACCAAACCCGGUUUCUCAUGAGCGAAUUCGCUCGUCAAGCCCAUCCCGACGCAGCUCACCGCGAGAGACUCGCCCGUGAGAUCCCAGGGCUCAGCCCUAGACAAGUGCAAGUCUGGUUCCAGAACAGGCGAGCCAAAUUAAAGCGACUCACUAGCGACGACCGUGAGCGUAUGAUGCGAUCAAGAGCCCUCCCCGAGGACUUUGACAUGGCUCAAGCCCUUCACGCACCCUUCGGUGCUGGCCACGGUCUAGGCACUCCACUUGCUUCGCCAGCCUAUACUCCAACCUUCCCCGAAGGCAACAUGAUGCGACCUCUGAGUAUCGAUACACUACGAAGAGGACCUGUCGACUCACACAUGUCACCCACCGGCAUUAGCCCCGCAUUUGGAGGCUUCACCUUUACGCCUCCCCAAUCAGCUACUGACUCUCUGUCUCCCGUUUCCACGCAUGGUGACUCUCCUUUUGCCUUCCCUCCUGCACCUGUCGACACAAGCCCGAGAACUUCCAAUCCGUUUUCUUCAUCCAUCAGCGCCUCGCCAGCAUAUGUUUCCCACCACAACAUCCCACGACUUUCUCUACACGCUGAUCGCAUCUCAAGAACCCGCGCCGAAUCGUUGUCUUCGCCGCUUCGAUCGAGCAUGAGCUAUUCUCACCACGAUAGUCUCACUGGUUCGGCGGAUGCCAGCUCGCACUUGCCCUAUGGGCUCGGGUACUCAUACUCGCCUGUUCCUGGAUUCCAAGCUUCAAGCGCAUCAAGAAUGAGAUCAUUCUCCAGCAGUGUGCCGAGGAGAAUCGAACUUAGCACGCACUACACUCCUAGCCGUAGCACUUCUACCCCUCAAACUGCCGGGUUCCCUAGCUACACCAGCUCUCCCCUGGUGACGCCCAACAACUACGCUAUGCCACAACUUAGCGCACCGCACCACAUCUCGAGUUUCCCCAACUCGUAUCUAAGAAAUGACUCGGCACAAUCUGAUUCAUAUUCAUCAGGUGCUAUCCUGGGAGAAGUCAUUGAGAAUUCGGCGCAGGAGAGCGACGACCACGAUGGUCACCUAUCGCACUCUUACUAA